AUGGACUCCACCGAACCUACGCUCGAUGGCACAACGCUGUCUACCGUCUCUCUUCUUGAGGCGCGGCUUCUGCGCAUCGAACAUGCCCUACUCGGCCACACGGUCCAGCAGCCAAAAACGUCGGCUAUCGAAAGCGUCCAUGAGCUCGAGCACCGGUUUGGAUCCCUCCUACAACGGGUGCGUGUCUACGCCGAGCUUCUCAGACUCUACAAAUCCCACCCGACCCUCUUCCGGCCUCCACCGCCCUUCAAGCCGCCCUCCGAGCUGUCGGCUGACGCGGUGCGCGCCAUUGUGCUCGCCGCCGCCUCCUCGUACCCGGCAACGGCAUCUGCAUUAACGGCCAUCUCGGACACGCCCGUGCCGGACCCGGCGCAGACGGCCGCUUUGGCCGCGCUGUUGCCGCGCAUGAAGGCGAUAGAGGCGAUCCAGCUGGCUCAGGCUGCCCAGGUCGCCGAGCUGCGCGCGCGCAGCGAAGCCGUCGUGCGCCGCUGGUACGAGCGCGACGUCAUGGGCUACUCGAGCUUCGUAGCCGGCGUCGAGGGUCGGGUCGAGAGGGCCGAGCGGCACGUCAAGAGGAUCGAGAAACUUAGGAGCGAGGUCUGA